CUUGAAAUGCGACCUCGAGGGCGAUCUGAGUCUUGCCUACCCCCUAGGCCUGGAAUCGCCAUUUUCCGCUUCCCACGCCUGCUUAGGAUCGCAUCCACUAAGCAAGAGACUUGUUCCUGGCGCCCAACAAAUCCAGGAUUUCAGUCAAAAGGCAGGGUCCAGCAGGACGUAGGCGGCGCUGGGACAGUAAUAUCACGGGUAACGGACACCACACUGAGGAAUUUUUGCGUAAGCCGCGGCUACAAAAGCUGCAUAGCCCUGCUACUGUUUAUUCUUAUGAUAGUCGGAGUACCCGCAUAUCCCCCGGGGGACCAGACAUGGUAGUUGAUUCAAUCAAUCCGGCAGCUUCCAUCUGGUAACAUUAGAUGUCAUAUUCUUUCGCGAAACGAUCCCGUUUCUUUCCAUCCUUUAUCACCUUGUUCCCGGAGGCAAUGAGUCCAUAAUGGAUUCGAGGGUCGUCGGAAGCUCUUAUGUCUCGCUGUAUGAUGUGUUCCUUUUUUACAGUUCGUGCAAGUUUCCGUUGCUUCAGGAUGAUCAUAAGCUGCAUCAAAAAGUACAUCAUGCUCCUAAGCAGGCUUUGAGUAUAUCGUCUUCACAGUUGUGCUGGUGUUUGAUAGGAUAUUAGAGCACAAAUUUGAGACUCCUAGGCUGUCGCCCAAAAUUUCAUCACGCUUGAGCCUGGUGAUUGCAUUCAGGAAGACUUGUGGAGAUUGGUUCAUUGUCCCAGUUUGCUGAAACUUCCAAUCAUUGACUGCUUUCCCGAGGUCAUAUUGUAUCACCCACCGAAAGUGCCAGCAGGUUUGCUAAUCACAACAUCCCCCAGCCCAGCCGGAUAUCCUAGCUCAUACUUGGAGCUCAUCCUCAAACCGAAACGGAUAUAAUGAAACGUGGACCGCAUUUGGGCAGUCACAGUGGCAAGCAGAGACAGUGUGCCAUAUACUCCGGAUGGGGCAGGCAAACAAUUACCACAUUGUGGCCGGAGAUAUCCCAAGGGUGUAUGAGUUGUAAUCGCUAUCGGAUUUUGAGAGCUCGUGCUUAUUACCGAGCAUCGUCUUGACUACGGCUGCUUCCAGGGGACGAGCACAAACCGACGCAACGGUAUAGGCAUCGUGAGUCCUAGGCGAGGCAGACAUGGUUUCUCAUUGCUGCAUUUGAGCACUAGCAGUAGGACGUCGGAGAGGCGUACUAGUUUUGAGAGAUAACGGGAAAUAUCAUAUAACUAUAUAACGAUA